AUGAAAUUCAACAUUAGUUAUCCUCUCACUGGUGCUCAAAAGUGCAUCGAAAUCGACGACGACAAGAAAUGCAACAUCUUCAUGGACAAGAAGAUGGGUCAAGAAGUCGAAGGUGAUACCUUGGGUGACGAAUUCAAGGGAUACGUCUUCAAGAUUGCUGGUGGUAACGAUAAGGACGGUUUCCCCAUGAAGCAAGGUGUCAUGGUCAGAGGUAGAGUUAGACUCCUUCUCAGUGAAGGUCACUCUUGCUUCACCAGCAGAAGAUCUGGUUUCAGAAAGAGAAAGUCUGUCAGAGGUUGCAUCGUUGGUCCCGAUAUGAGAGUUCUUGCUCUUCAAAUCGUCAAGAAGGGUGUUGCUGAAAUCGACGGUCUUACCACUGUUACUUUACCCAGAAAGCUUGGUCCCAAGAGAGCUAACAACAUCAAGAAGUUGUUCGGCUUGAAGAAGGAAGAUGAUCCCAUUCUCAUCAAGAAGUCCGUCAUCAGAAGAACCUUCAAGACUGCCAAGGGUAAGGAUAGAACAAAAUGCCCCAAGAUCCAAAGACUUAUUACCCCUGAAAGAAUCCUCAGAAAGAAGGUUUACAAGGCUGAAAAGACCCAAAGAUACGUUAAGACUAACGCUGCUAAGGAAGAAUACGAAAAGUUCUUAAGUGAAUGGAAGAAGCAAAGAGCUGCUAAGGCUCACGCUGCCAGCGCUCCCGUUGUUGAAGCUCCCAAGAAGGUUGAAGCCCCUAAGAAGGUUGAUCCUAAGGCUGCUAAGACCACCCCUGCUGCUACCAAGGCCACCCCUGCUGCUACCAAGGUUGCCCCUAAGACCCAAGCUGCUAAGACUACUACCCCUGCUCCCGCUGUUAAGGAUGCUAAAAAAACUACCAAAAAGUGA